UGCGAGGAACGGAAGCCGAGCACGGUCUCAGGGUUCCCUCGGGAGGAACAAGAGAUGUGUCUGCUGGUGGUGGAGAUAUGCUGCGUCAGGGCUUUGAGGGAGGCGCAGUGCCAGAGGGGGAUCGAUCGGGCGCUGGCCUCCAAGCCGUGUCCGAAGGGGGACUCCAACGAGACUACUCUGAAGGAUUGCUGCGAGGGGUGCCAGUUGGGGAGGAUGUCGUCUCGUCUCGGAGUUGGAUGCUCUUUGAUGAGUUUUCGAUUCGGGAGGCCGUGGGAUGAGGCGUUUGCUGCAUGCUGUUUGCAUCAUCCGAACAUGCAUCCGACCACAUCGUCGCCGGUGCAAGUCAAUCUCUCCAGUUCUGUGGAUGAUGGGAACUUGUGCAUGAUGUUUCCGGGGAGGCUGUGCUCGCACCUAUGCAUCCCAACCGGUGUGAAUUCCUUCCGAUGCGAUUGCCCGUUGGGUCACCAGUUGGGGCAGGACCAGAGGACCUGCUAUCCGGAGGACCCUUCUGCCAGGCAAGUCCCAUUCCUAAGUGGCCAUUGUGGGCCCGGUCUCUCUGAUGAGUUUGCAGGUGACCUGUGCAGGUGCGAGAGGGAGAACCCUUGCGAGCAAAUCUGCCAAGAUGCUCCUGAUUCGGGGAUUCAAUGUCUCUGCAAUCCCGGCUACCAGCUUGCAGACGACCGCAUCUCGUGCCUAGACGUGGACGAGUGCGUGGUUGGCGUAGACGUGUGCGGAAGCCUGGGCCAGGCGUGCAUGAACACCCCGGGCAGUUACUUGUGCCUCCUCGCAGAUGGCAGUUCCGUCGCUCCUCAGGAAGCCUUGGGCCUUCCGACUCCCUCCUAUGACGAUUUCGGACAGAAUCUGGAUUGUCCUGCCGGUUUCUCCUACGAUCCCAAUUCCAUGACAUGCCAAGACGUGGACGAGUGCGUGAUGAGACCUGGUCAACUCCAAGUUUGUGGGUCUGGUUUUCAGUGUCAGAACACAGUGGGAAGUUUCUCAUGUGUCUUGCCCGAAGAGUGCCCCGAGGGAUACGUGGAAUCCUCUCUCGAUUCUUCCUGCCUCGAUGUGGAUGAGUGUAGGGAAGGAGAUGGAGAUUGCGAGGAGGGUGAAGUGUGCAGGAAUACUCUUGGUGGUUAUGAAUGUGACCCCGGGUGUAUGCCUGGAUUCCGGAUCCAUCCCCAACUGAAGAUCUGUGUAGACAUAGACGAAUGUCGGAGAGAGGAGAUGCAUAACUGCUCUCACCUCCUGGGGGAGAAGUGCGUGAAUACUCUGGGGUCCUUCACUUGUGAACGGGCUGCGUCCGCGUGCUCAGUCGGCUACGAAUUCAACGAGACUCGACUGCAAUGCCAGGACGUGGACGAAUGUUUGGAAGGAGCAUGCGGCGUCGGGGAGGAAUGCGUGAACACGCCCGGGAGCUUCCGAUGCCAGGCCCGCGUCUCCUGCGAGCCCGGCUUCAAACUCCAGCCCAGGACCCGGCGGUGUCUCGUCAAAUUGGGUUGUUUAGACAUCGAUGAGUGCGCGGACGGGAGCCACGACUGCCCGAGAGACCGGACGGAAUGCGUGAACACGUACGGCGGAUACGAAUGCAAGGUCCUCUGCCUUCCCGGGUAUCGGCCUUCCCCUGCCACCACCAAUCAGUCCGCUUCAACCUGCAUCGACGUGGACGAAUGCGCAGAAGGGACGGACCUCUGCCUGGAAAGCGAGGAGUGCGUCAACACGGAUGGAAGCUACCGCUGCGAGUCCGACGUCGACGACGGGGAACCAGAGGUGAAGGGCAGCAGAGAAGGGGACGGCGACGAAGGACGAGAAAACCUGCCUAGAUGCCCGAAUGGAUUCCUCUACGACCCAAUCACCAGGGAGUGUCGAGACGUGAACGAGUGCUUGGGAGAGGAUCCGUGUAAGGGAGGGAAUUCCUCCUGCAUCAAUCUUCCGGGGGGAUAUCGGUGCGACUGUCCCGUUGGAUUCCAGUUCAACAUCCGGACCAAGGACUGCCAGGACGUGAACGAGUGUCAGCUGGAAUUGCACAACUGCCAGACAACACAGCGCUGCGAUAACACGAUCGGCUCCUUCACGUGCAUCCGGAUGACCGGCUGUGGCACCGGCUACACUCUCAAUGCGCAUACUGGACUCUGCGAAGACGACGACGAAUGCGAACUGGGGACGUCUAAGUGCAAGGAACUGGGCCCGGACUGGGAGUGCGAGAACACGCAGGGAAGCUUCAGAUGCAUCAAGUCCUGCCCCCCCGGAGAAGAGACGAACGAACGAACCAACCGUUGCGAACCGCUUCGUCGGACCCCUCCACCCCCUUCCUGCCCCUCGGGCUACCAGACAGGACCUAAAGGCUCCUGCAUUGACGUGGACGAAUGCGGCGAGGGACUCCACGACUGCGGGGGGGAGCAGACGUGUCGGAACAGGGUCGGGGGGUACGUGUGCGAGUGCCCAGUCGGAUACGCCCUGGACGACAGGGACGGGAGGGGACGGAGCUGUAGGGACGUGGACGAGUGCAGUCUGUAUCGGGGACAGGUGUGUUCGGGGCUCAACUCCAACUGCGUCAAUCUGCCGGGGUCGUAUCGGUGGUGGUUGCGGGUGGAGAUGUUGAGGGGAGAAAUGUGGGGUGUUGAAGAUGUGGACGAGUGCAAGGAGACGCCGGGGAUCUGUCGUCACAACUGCGUCAAUACCUGGGGGUCGUUCCAAUGUUCGUGUCGGCGGGGGUUCGUGUUGAGCAACGAUGGCAGGUCUUGCAACGACAUCGACGAAUGUUCGGGACGAGGCGGAGACCGCCUGUGCGUCGGAAUCUGCAUGAACGAGCCCGGCAGCUACUCGUGCAUGUGCCCCGAAGGGGGAGCAGACGUGGACGAGUGCGCAGAGGAUCCGUGCGGAGGGGUCGGGGUCGCUUGCGUGAACGUGGGUGGAGGAUACCGGUGUGCCAGCAUCACCUGUCCCCCCGGUUACGACCUGGAUGCCCCGGCCAAGAAAUGCAAACGACGGAACACCCGCUGCAUCGCGACGGACAUAACCUGCAUCCGCCAGCCCCUCAGCUACUCGCACUAUUACAUCUCCCUGCCGAGCAACGUGGAGUUCAUGCAGGGAGGGAGCCACACGGAUCUCUUCAUGAUGAGGGGUGCGUCUGCUCCGGGGAUCCAGAUCCAGUUCACUCUGGAUCAUAAGUCGUCCAGGGCUCCUUCCUCGGUCGCCCCGGCAUCCAGGAACAACUUCAAGCUGAGACACUUGACGGAGACGGAGGCGGGGAUCUUGCUGGUUCGGUCCAUCGAAGGCCCCCAAGACGUGGAGCUUCAACUCACGAUGGACAUGAUCCAGAGCGGCAGAUACGUCGGUUCGCACAUCGCACGCGUCUUCAUCUACGUCAGCCGUUACGAGUUCUGAGCCGAGCUGCGGGCCGGACGGAUCCACGCGUAAAGAAUCUAGUCAUGGAUUUCCUUGGACUCGAGUGCGAACGAGCCGCCUUCUUCAAUAGUAGUUGUGUGUGUUUGUGUGCGUUUAAUUUUUUUUUGUUGUUUUCAAUCGGCUUAUCGUCCUCGUUGACACCCGAGAGGUGGCCUCACGAGUCAUGUUUUCCCAUUCCCCUCGUUUGUCGUUUGCUCGCAGGGUUCACCGGUUAUUAAUCGUGUUUUUUCUAGAAUAAAGCAUUCGAGAG